AUGUCUUUAACACCUUCCUCCGAUCAUCCUCCGACAUUGAAUGAAUCCAACAGGACCGAUCCUCAAAUACAAACCAACAUCACCAUCAUCAGCAACAAGCAACAACAUGUUUCAUCCUCCUCUCCUUCCCCUUUUUUGAACAUAAUUUCGGAACCAAACAAACGAAAAACUUCGGGUUCCUCUCUUCCAAAAACACCCAUUCAUAUUUCAUCCUCCGAUGCCGAUGAAUCAGAAUGUGCUGAGGAAUCAUCAUCAAGUGGAGGAGAAUUUCAUGAUGCCAAUGAUGAAACAAAACCCAUGCUCUCGCAUUCUCUUCAUGCCGAAGAAUCAUCACCCAGUAAAAGGCUCUCUAAAAAGACACAAUCAAAACGAUCAACAACAACAAACGUUGGCUCUUCUUCCUCUGAUCUUUUACAGCCUUCUGCAUUAUUGAGUGGGUGGUUUGGAGCAAAGUCAUCAACAACCAAAGAAGAAGAAGAAGAGAACCAACCGAUACCUGCAAAAACACAUUCCGAAGGAUCCUUGCUGGCAAAGAAAGGAGGACCAAAAUGGUGGUGGCUUGAAAUAUUCAAUAAUGAUCAUCAUGCAUCACCAGUUACUGCUAAUAAUGAUGAGGACUCCACAACAAGCGGAAUGUUGCCAUCUGAUAGUUUCAAGAGAAAUUCCUUGACACAACUCGAGCAUCAGAAGGAGCUUUUGGAAGAACGUGUGAGGAUGAUUAAUUCCAUGAUGCAACGAAUGAAGGAAACUAAAAAGUCACUCAAACAAAAGAGAUCAACAACUCCACUCACCAUUCCUUUAUCUAACAAUGAAGAUACACCAUUGCAAGGUGUUGAUCCCAUUAGAGACGAUGAGGAGGCAAACACAUCUGCAAUUAUUUCAACAGACAAAGUGUCUGCACUUGUGCCAUCUCAACAAAACAAAAAAUUGAGAAAAAAGAAAUUAAGCAAUUCUAUCAAUUCAUCACUAGAAAAGAUGUCAAACCUCAACAAGAAAAAGAACACAAAUAUUGGACAAUAUGAGAAUAGCACACCUGAAACCCAAGAUAACACUAUCAUGGAAAAUCCUUUACUUUCAUCGACCAUUUGUCAAAGUCAAUUCGAUACUACUAAUCAACCAACCGCAGAAGCUCAAAAAAAAGGCCUCUUUUCCAAUGUGUUUGACAAUUAUUUCACUAAAUCUUUCAAGUCUAUUCCAGCAGAGGAGGGACAAGAAAAACUUCCUUCCGAUCGUAUUUUUUCAAAAGACAACCCUGUAACAGAUUUGGAAGAAGGAAAAAUUAUUGUAGAUGAAACUCAACAAGAACAAGUAAUGGGGAGCUCAUUCUCAACAUUAUAUGAUUAUGAAAGACAAGUACAACUCAUUUUAAUUGAUUUGGGAUAUGCAUUGGCUACGUAUGGUGUACCAGCCCACCGAUUAGAGUACCACUUAACAUACAUUUCAAAACAAUUUGGUGUAAAACCUUGUCAAAUCGAGUACACUAGUACUGGGCUAUUAUUUUCUUUUUCUGAUCCAAUAGAUUGGGCUCAUUAUAAUGUAGAUAACGGAAAAAGUACAUCAACAACUCUUUACAUAACCAUUGACAAUGCCAAUUUAUCAUCGACUGGCGGUUCUAUCAAUUUGGACAAAUUAUACCAACUGGAUAAAAUUGCAGAAGAGCUAGCAGCGCGUACAAUUACUAUUCCUGAUGCGAGAAAAAGAAUUAGAAAAGUCAUUCGUAGCAAACCUAUUUUCAACCAUUUUGGUUAUCAAAUUGCUACCCAUUUAUUGAACACCUUUGCUUGGGUGGUAUUUCUAGAUGGUAGUGCACUUGAAAUGAUCACAGCGUGUGUUAUUGGUGCCUUGGUUGGUGCUUUUUGUACAUUGGCAGAUAGAUAUCCAUACUUUCAUCGUGUAAAUAGCGUUAUUAACUCAGUUGCUGCAGGAAUAGUGGCAACAGUUUUGAAAAUAAUUUUUGCACAAUUUACAGAUCCAGUAGCAAGACCGCUUUCGGUGUUUUUGGUUACCCUUUGUGGAGUUUUUUCCAUCCUUCCUGCCAUACAAUUUACAACUGGUAUUGCUGAGCUAAGCACAAGACAUUUAUUGAGCGGGUCUGUAAGGUUGUUUAGUGGAUUUAUAGCCACUCUACAGCUAGGAUUUGGUGUUUUAAUGGCGACAGGUAUUGAUAAUUUUCUCUCCAAUUCUACAACUAUUUUUGCCCACAACAAACCGGACAAAUAUAGAAAUUUUAACAGAGUACCUGAAUGGAUAUUAGCGCUCGUGCUGCCACUAAUCAUAGUUUCUAACAUUUUCACAUUUAGGGUGCCUAAGAAAAUAUUGACCUACCUCUUUGUCGCAAUUAUUUCAUACAUUUCAUUUUUUGUUACGACAAUCAGUUCUCAUUAUUUGGGGACUGAAGUUGGAGCACUUCUUGGAGCUUUAGUUUGUGGAAUUAUUGGAAAUUUAUAUGCUCUUAUAACCAGAAAUCCAGGUUUAUUGGUCACCGUUUGUGGAACUGUGUUACUCAUACCUGCAGCAUUUGGAGUAAGGGGUGUAAAAGACUUUCUUACAUCCAACUCUGGUGACGAGACUAGUUUGAUUAGUGGAAUAGAAUUUGUUUUUAACCUACUCUCCAUUACUGUUUCAGUGUCUGUAGGGCUUUUAUUGGGAGACUUUAUUGUUCCUGUGCCACGAAAGCUGAGUUUCUAG